UUUGGUCUUGUAAACACCAAAACUUAAAUUUCUCCUUUUGCCGCUAUUGGAUUAUCAUUAUUAUUGUCAUACCAACUGGGACAACAGCUGAGACACAUGGCGCUCAUGAGGUCAGGCUGGCUGUGGAGACAGACUUCUGUCCUAAAACGCUGGAAGUUAAACUGGUGUGACCUUUGGAUAGAUGGGAGUCUUUGCUUCUACACGACUGACAGCAGGCGAGAUUUGGAGCAUCGUGUCAGCCUCAAGACAUCGUGUUUGGAUGUGAGAUCUGGCCUGGAAUGUGGAGGUGUGACUCCACCUGAGAGCCAUCCUAGGGAGAAUCUGAUUAUGGUUCAGCUCACAAACGGCUCAACAGUCAACCUGUGUGCGAACAGUGAGGAUGAAUCCAUAGCGUGGAAACUGACUCUGCUUGACACCAGGAGAAACCCGGUGUUCACAUAUGACCCAUAUGAUGACUCCUACCAGGCCAUCCCCCUCAACAGAUACCAUACUGUCUACAUCACACCUGGAGCAGGACCAGGAACCCACCAGGUGGUAGUUCAGAGGGACCCAUAUGAUGGAGUGAUGGAGAAUCUGGCACUGGGAUUAAUCGCAGGCAUGGCAGCAGGGACAGCUAUGCGAUCCUUCCUCUGGAUGCCCUUCCUUUUCUGCUGAGAUUAUCUUCAUUUCUGACAUGACAAAGCGGCGUACAAUCUGUCUGUUUCCAUGGAUUUGGACACUGACAUCAGCAUGUAUAGAUAGCCUCUAAAACCCUCAUCUUUUCUACCAUGUCUUCUUUAACAAGCUGCUUUUUCGGUUGUUUUUUUCUUUACGGGCACUUUUGCAUAAAAGUCUUAAGAAGCUGAAAAGGAUGCCAUGUAAUUAUAUGUUCUUCCUGCAUGUAAAGCACACUGAAUCCACAUUUGCAAAUGCAAGGAAGUCAGUUUGUAUCUGAAUGUUCUUUAAUUUGCUGCCCGAUUUUACACUUCAUAGCUUCAUAAAGGUGUAGCUUGUACUAGGAAAUAAAAUAAUGUAUUAAAAUAAAAUUUAGAGAUGGUGUUCUAAAAGCAUUGGUUGUUUGUACACAACUAGCAAUCCAUAAAUCUAAGUGUUUAAACUUGAUUUAUAGUGUGAUACAACUAGCCCAAGUCAGGGUCAACUGAAUAGCUUUUUCCUGAGCUUUCAACUA